GUUAGGCCAUUUAUCACACCGGAGGUAGCUCUAGCCGCCCACCAUGCUCGUCUUCUCUACUCGCUUCGUUUGGUUUCUGGGAAAAUAAAAAUUUUCCUGGAAAUGUUAUGGAGGUAUUAUAGAUGGAGUUUCUUACAGUCAACCCCAAAUCGCCUCUUCUUCAUUGCACCAGUUCUGCCACUUCGUUUUCUCUCCUCGGCAGCGACGGUAUGUGCAACUAACCCAACUACCCAGUAUAAAAAAUUCCGUGAAAAUCAUCAACAUUUUCCCGAGAAAAAUAACAAGCUGUUUAUCACUCUCACUCAUCAGAUUGUACAUUCCACCUUACUGAACUGCACUUCUGAUUUGAUUGCAUUGAGCUUCUUUCUAUGGUGUGCUAAGCAACCCAAUUAUUUCCAUAAUACCACUGCGUUUGACCACAUGGUCGGUGUGGUUAACCGCCUUAUGCAACGGUAUGAGACAGUUGGAGGGGUUGUUUGGGGGUUAGAGAGUAUUGGGUGUGUUCCAAAGGCACAAACUUUUUUGCUUUUGUUGAGGAUUUAUUGGCGUGGAGGAAUGUAUGACAUGGUUUUUGAGGCUUUUGAGCAAAUGGGUUGCUCUGGUUUUGAGCCCAACACGUUUGCGCGUAAUGUAAUUAUGGAUAUAUUGUUCAAGAUUGGGCGUGUUGAUGUAGCCAUUAAGGUUUUUAAGGAGACCCAGUUGCCUAAUUUUUUGACAUUUAAUAUUGCAUUGUGUAAUUUUUGUAAGUUGAAUGAUUUGGUUCGUGUUCGGGAGAUUUUUACAAUGAUGUUGGGAAUGGGGUAUUACCCGAAUGUUGAGACAUUUGAGAUGAUUUUGAAUUAUUUUUGCAAGUUGGGUAUGUUAGUGGAGGCAUAUCAAGUGUUGGGUCGAAUGAUUAUUUUGGGCAUUCCAUUAUCUGUGAAUGCAUGGAGUAUACUUAUUGAUGGGUUUUGCCGGCUGCAUAGAAUUGAUAUUGCGUGUAGUCUAUUGGAGAAGAUGGGUAAGACUGGUUGUUCUCCAAAUAUUGUAACAUAUACUACUUUAAUAAAGGGGCUUAUGGAAUCAAAAAUGAUUGGUGAUGCAUUCCAUGUUUUAAAUAUCAUGAAAUCCAAAGGUUAUGCCCCUGACUUGGUUCUUUGUAAUGUAUUAAUAGACUGUUUCUCCAAGGUUGGAAGGUAUGAUGAUGCGGUUGAUGUUUUUGUAAAUUUAGAAACUCAAAAAAUGGCACCUGAUUCUUAUACAUUUUGUUCUUUGUUAUCUACCAUAUGUUUGUCUAAGAGGUUUUCUCUCUUGCCCAAAUUAGUCCAUGGACUUGUCAUAGAAGCAGACUUGGUGGUUUGUAAUGCACUGCUAAUUUAUUUUUGUAACGCGGGGUUUCCAAGUCUUGCUGUGGAGUUAUAUAGUGAUAUGCUUGAUAGAGGUUUUACGCCAGAUAAGUAUAGUUUUGUUGGAUUACUUAGUGGACUAUGUGGAGCGAGAAGAGUUGAUGAAGCAGUUAAUGUGUACUAUGGGAUCAUCAUGAAUUAUCCUGGUCAGGAUGCUUACAUCCAUACUGUAAUUACAGAUGGACUUGUAAAGGCUGGAAAAUUUUAUAAGGCCAUUAGAGUAUUUAGGAAAGCAGUUGUAGAGAAGCAUCCACUUGAUGCUGUAUCAUACACAGUUGCUAUCCGUGGACUUCUUAAGAGUGGUAGAUUUGGAGAGGCUUGCACCCUAUAUAACCAGAUGAAGGAGGUCAAUAUAACUCCCAAUGCACAUACAUAUAACGUAAUGCUCUAUAUCUUUUGUAGAGAAAGAGAUCUUAAAAUGGUGAUAGAGUUGCUACAAGAGAUGAUUGAUGCAAGGAUAGAACUCAGUUGUAAUAAUUACUUUAGGUUAUGUGAGUUCCUUUGUAGAUCCCACAAUUCUAAUUCAGCCGUUAAUCUCUUAAUUGAGAUGAGAGAUCUCGGGUUAAUACCAGCUAAUGCAAUCUGUGUGCCUUUAUCUGAAGAACAUGUCCAAGGUCUGAAAGUAGAUGUUGGGAGCUUAUUGUUAAAAGGAUAUUUGGAAAAUGAUCCGUUUGUGGGCACAUCUGGCUCUGAGGACCUUUCUGAUGUGGCUGCUUCAGUGGGUUGAGAUUCAUUUGAUCUUUUCUCCAUAGAUCAGAGAUUCUUCUGUAUUUUUGUCAGGCAUCGUGAAGGUUGUUUUUUGAUAAUUCAAUAAUUACAACAGUAGGGGAGGGGGGAUUCAAACACUGGAAUAAUGGAGAGCAGGCUAUGCCACUGAGCUACAAAGCUCUUGGCAGGUAUCUUGAAGCUAUUGAAGGAUGAGCUUGUAAGGAGGGUUAAGCUUUUGCCAGGAUAUAUCUUUUAAACACUAGGUUGAUGGAGAUGGUAGAAGUACCUCACCAAAGGAAUCUCACUGAAAAAUGCAAAAUUUCCAAUGUAAUCCCCCAGUAAGCUGCUUCUUCAAGUUUCUGAGCAGUGGUGCAGUGCUGCACUGCUGUUGGUGUCAUGUGUUGCUAAUGCCUGAUGUGCUCUACCACUGCUUCCACUAUUUUCUCACUCUCUUUGUAUCUGAUACCCAAUCUUUCUCACUCUGAUACCCAGAUGGGUUGAUGGGGUGCUUCAAUUCACCAUUCCUGCAGUAUAAUCUCAGGUUAAUUUUAGAAAAUUUGAUUUUUGUGGGCUAAAUUUUCUGGGUUUGUAGAACAUUUUCAAUUUAUCUCUAAAACCUCUUCUACUCUAUAUUUCAAUUCGACAAGCAUCUGGAUUCUUCUCAAACAUUUCAAGAAAGCCCAUGGCAAAUCUCUCUCUCUCUCUCCCUCUCAAUGUCAGUUAUGGCUUUUGUUCUGAAAUUAUGUCAUUAUGAAUCUGUUAUUUGCUUUUAUUUGCAGACUUGCUCACCAAGUUCUACAGCUGCAAACAGAAAGUUCAUCAUCACCAUGUACAGCUAUGUGGAAAUGUAUUUGAAGACUUGAAUGUGAAUUGAACUAGGCAAAAUGGUCUGUGAAAAGAGGUUCUAAUGGUGGCUAAUGAAGACUCUGAUGAAAACUUGAAGAUUUGAAUGGCUAGUUUCUAUACUUUAGGACUUGAAUGGCUGGCCUCUAAUACUUGAAGAAUUGAAGGAAGAGUUGAGUUCGAUUGAUGGUAACCAUGUUGAUGCAUUAUUGGUGUGUUUGUUGCAAAGUGAAUAACAGCUGGAAUAGCUUCUUUUUUUGAGAAUGAUAUUGUUUGUCGUCUUUGUUCAAUAAACUUUGUUCAUUCAUUUUAUUUUGUUUUAUUUAUUUUUUGGGGGGAGGAUAAGGGAAAUUGAAAGAUGAUUGAAUUGUUAGUAUGGAAGCCGGCAUGCUAAUCGACAAAACAUGAACGAUGUCGCGUAAGGGCUACGUUAUUUUUCUGAGAAAGGGUAAGCAAGUUCAUGGCAGUCUCUGUUGUGGUCAAUUCCAAAUGUUUGGCUUGAGAAUCGUGCAAGAUACUAAUGGGAUAUUGAGCGAGUCAAUAUUCUUCCAAACAGCGAGCAUAGAAUAGUCUCUCUUUCUCAACCACUGCAGUCUUGAAUACACUUCUUUCCUCAUUGCUCAAUCUCACAGAUAUUCAUCUUUCUUGAAAUUGAUUCCACGAAUCUGACAAUCUCUCCUUCACUCCACUUCCAGCUAAUCCUAGUGCAGCAAAUUUGGUCUAGCUAUGUGUCUCAACAACGUUUGCCACAUCAACCAUAGGCAACAACAUCAUUGCAUCAACAUCGGUGCCACACCACUAGACAACAUGGCCCAGGUGUCUCUUGACUCUCUUUCAUUCAUCUCUUAUUGCCCACUUGGAAACCAAGUUUACAUAACCCAAAAAAUUGGCUUAGAACAUUUUGCAUAGCCGAAGUCAAGGAUUCAAAUCUAAUCUGCACAGAAUGAGUACAAAUCGGAAAAUUAUUAGUUACUCUUAUACAUAUCGGAAAAUUAUUUCAUGAAAAUCCAAGAUUUUCUGCCCUUGAUGAUCAGGACCCAUUUGAUGAAAGUCCAAGAUUUUCAGCCUUUGAUGAUCAAGUCCCGUUUGAUGAAAAUCCAAGAUUUGCUCCCCUUGAUGAUCGUUCACAAUUCCAAUUCUUGGAUUCACAAGAAGGAACCAAGAAGAUGGGUCUGCAUUUGAUGACGGACUUAAUCUUAUUGAUGACACAUUCUCUGGUCUUUCUGAUAUUAGUCAGUAGCCACUGUCUUGUGUAGAUCUUCUGCUUGGUUCGUGGAUGGGAUUGUAUGCUGCUGACUUCUCUGAUUGUGCAUUUUUUUGAUUUACAAACACCCCUAGGGUAGAACUCCUGCCAACUUUAAGUCCAAUCAUUAUUUGAUAGAAUAGGACAGUAACUUGUAUUUUUCUUUUCUUUUUUUCAUUUUAAUUUAGUCUUCUUUGAAUUUGAAACAAAGUUGCUGUUUUUUUUAUAUGAAAGCAUCCUACAUAUGGACGUCUCUAGUUUCCAA